UGAAUUGUGUUUUCACCAUAUUUCACAAUCAUUUAGAUUUAUAGAUUUUCAGCUCGUUUAUCAAUUGGUGUUUAAUUUUUAAUACAUUGAACCAUUUCCGAGAUAUUCUUAAAAUAACCAAGACUAUUCGCACCGUACGAAACUGAUCAAAAGCAGUAGAUCGACAUCCUUGAAUUUUUAAAAGCAUUUGUUUUCAUGCCAAAUGUAUACAAAAGACAAAGCCAAAAGUUUCAAUAUAAGGAAUUAAUCUUAUCAAGAUAAAAACAUGUCAAAAUAAAAUAUAAAAAAAAUCUAUUUUAACGAAAUUUCGAAAACAAAUUUCGCGCCUGAACCUCAACUAAAACCAGUCGAUUCUAAAUUUAACCCUGAUACAUCGUAGUGAGAAGAAGUGUCAAAAUCUAUUAUUGAUCAUCUUUAUUACUUUAUUAGUCAUACAAUCAACUAGUUACAUCUAAAAAUAAAAAUGUCUAUAAGCCUUAAUCCACAAUAUAGUGACAUAGGAAAGGGCUUUGUCACUCAAUAUUACGCCCUAUUUGAUGAUCCAAAUCAACGUAACUCUCUGGUCAAUAUGUAUAAUAAUGAGCUGUCGUUUAUGACAUUUGAAGGACAACAAGUUCAAGGAGCGACAAAGAUCUUAGAAAAGUUACAAAGCCUCACUUUCCAAAAAAUCAAUCGGAUCAUAACGGCUGUUGACUCACAGCCAAUGUUUGAUGGCGGAGUUCUUAUUAAUGUUUUAGGACGAUUACAGACGGAUGGCGAUCCUCCACAUGACUACACCCAAACCUUCAUUCUUAAACCGAUAGGAAAUAGUUUUUUCGUUCAACAUGAUAUAUUUCGUCUCGCUCUUCAUGACAUGGCUUAAUAUUCUCAAAUAUUCAUCGUUAAACGCGUGAACAUAAUGUUGCUUAAUCAAAUCGAUAAAAAAUUAUAUCUAGGAAUAAUCCUCCAACAAUAGAGACAAAACUCUACCCAGAAGAUUCAGCAGACCGACGACGACAUGCCACAUGCUUACACACAAAUCUUCAUACUCAAGCCGCUAAAUGGAAGUUUCUUUCUACAGCAUGAUAUUUUCCGAUUAGCACUCCAUGAUAUGGCCUAAUUAAUUUGGGUCGUUGGUUACACCAUCAUCAAGAAAACUCGCUAUUUAAUUUCAAGUUUAAAACAUUUUCUUUAUCAAUCUUAAUUAAUCUACCUACCAUCACGAUUAUUAUCGUUGCUUCAAUAUUUUGAUCUUUUCAUAAUAUAUUUCGAAAUUAAAAAUCUAUUUUUUUUAAUAAAAAAAAUUCAUGAAAGUAAGUUUUUUAAGAUUCUUUUAUUCUGUUUUUUUUUUGUCAUUUCCAUGUAAUAUUUAAUGAGAAGCUUGAAAAAUUCUUCAGCUGUUUCACAAUAUUUUACAUUGGGAAAUAAAAUACAAA